CAACUUUGUGUAGUUGGGUUAAGGUUGAGUUUGCUUUGUGAUGUCGAAGGUGUUUUUUGAGGUUAUGUUCGUAAGGUCGAUAUUGUCCGAGACAGGAAUGAUAAGUGUGAGUACUAUUGUCUAUAAAAGAGUGGUUUGGGAGGAUAAUGCAAUUGAAAGUGAACGAGAAUGAAGGGUUUAUUGGCGGUGUUAUGCGUGAUAGGGGCCGCGGUGGCUGAGGCGCCGGCGCCCUACGCCCCCAGCGGCUGGAGGCCUGAUGGACCGGCAUUCGAACUGCCACAGAGAGGACAGAACCCCAAUUACCUCCCCCCGGUGGAACCUCGCACACCAGCUAACAUCCCUGACGCCGACGACGAUGUGACCGUCCAGGGUCUGCCUCCACGGCAGGAGCAGCAGCCCAUCUUCCAGCCCUCUCCUAUCGCUGGCCAGCAGUAUGUUGGGCCAAACUUUAAUGCUGAUAUCAGAAGUUUGAAUCAGGGGUUGAAUCAGGCCCAGUUCCAGGUACAACAGCAAAAAGCUCGUGAAUUCGCUCGUCAGAAACCGGAAAACGAAGCUAGAGUACCAAGCACCAUCUCACCCAAUCAGUUCAACACAAGAACCACUGUGAACUCAAGAGCUCCUGUCAACCCAACUCAGUCCACCAUUACACCACGUCCAGAUUACAGAACCACUUCUACCACUCCUGCCGAUCUUGACUUAAACGAAGGAGAAACUGACGAGGUUGGAUCUCCAGCAGUCUCUGAGAAACAAAGGGUUUCAGUUGAAGUUUCCAAACAAAACAUUCAAGAAUACCCCCCAGAAUUGUUCCUAAAUCCCUUAGCGCAGUUAAGGCUGCAGCCUGUACAAUUUGGACAAUCCCCUAUCGUAAUACCAGGAGAACAGUCUCAGAAACAGGUUGCUGGUUUUGAUGCUCAGACGCACUUCGCGGCAUUACCUUCAAUAAUAGCUCAACAACAGUUAGCUCAGCAACAGCUAGAUCAACAACGUGCUCUUCUUCAACAAUAUCCAGGAAACCAGGCGUUUGUAGUAUCAGGACAGACUUCAAACCGUGGUUUCCUUAUUCAGAGCCCGCAGCCUUUACAACCAGUUACGCAGUUGCAGCCUCUUGUUCAGCCUUUAUCUUCAAUUCAAGGACAAAAUGUAGUUUUGCAGCCACAGGGUGUUAAUCAAAUUCAGCCGAAUUUUAAGCAACCAAGAAAGGAAGAUGAAGAUGAUGAUGAUGAGCAACGUGAUGAAAAUCAAUCUCAACAACCACAAGUUCAGACACAAUUUGGUUUCCAACCACAACCUCAAGUAAUUUACCAGCAACAACCUCAAGGAUUACAACCACAAGGCUUACAACCACAAGGUUUCCAACAACAAGGAUUACAACCACAAGGUUUCCAACCCCAAGGAUUACAACCGCAAGGAUUCCAACAACCUCAACUAAUCUACCAACAACCUGAGGCGUAUCAACCACAGACAGAAACCAUUUCUCAGCAAGGUUUCCAACCUCAACAAGUUUACCAACCUCAACAAGUAGCUUUCCAACCUCAGGCUUUUUCUCAACCUGCUCUCCAGCCAGCGUUCCAGCAACCUAAAGCCGACCAACCUCAAAUUUACCAGCCUCAGACCUCGUAUCAACCUCAAACUUACCAGCCUCAGUUCUACACUCCAGACCAGAUUCAAGGACAAUUCGUGUCGCUACCAGCUCAAAAUCUUGACCAAUUUUAUCAACAACAAUUCCAACAGCAGCAACUUUCUCAAAGCCAAGGACAGGAUGCUUUGCAGAGUGGUUUCGACGUGAAUCAGCAAGGGAAUAGCUUGGAUCAAAAUGAUAAGGAGUCUGAUGAGAAUACGGAUAGUGGUGCGACUGCCACCGCUGUGGCUACUGCUUUUGGGACGAGGACCCAACCUCGUGUGUUCUCGGCGUAUGGAGCCCCUAUCCCUAGAGCCCAAAAUGCCGCUACUACUGAAGCAACCGCGGAGGAGGUCACUACGGAGGAGGGGCCAGCAAUCGCAGAAGCCACCGCAGUUGCAAGGGGAGGUAGAAGGAAGAGUGCUAAGUUGAGGAGCCGUCGCAUCAGACCCGACAGUCCGAUAUUCACGCUGGAUAAGUCCGGCCGUCUGGUCCUAGUGUCUGAACAGGAGCGUUUGUAAUAUUUUACUAAGUCGGCCUAAGCUAACUCGGCAUGGGGUUUGCAAUGACAAAAUGUGGCAAUGUCAAAUUUCUAUGAAAAUGUAUCGUUUAUCGUUAAUGUAUCGUUUAUCGUUAAUGUAUUGUAUGGCAACGCCUAACUGUUAUGUACAAGUCGGUGCAAAGUUAGUUUAGCCUCCUAAGGCCCUAGCCAUACAAAUUAAAAAUCCAAAAUUUGCCACUGAAAUUUUAACCUAUAUUGUAGGAAAUAAAGUUGAUUUUGCGUUGUUGGAACAUUGAACGAAACAAUGCAAAAGCGACUGUUUUAAUUGAAUUAGGAUUUAAAUUUUAUCGAACUGAAGAGGUACUUAAUUACUUAUUAGGUAGGACCUUGGGCCUUAGGAGGUUAGUCGGGCUUUAACAAAAAAAUGUGAUAAAGAACAAAUUUCUGAACCAUAAAUAUCGAUUGUUUCCUUUACAGUGCAUACUUUAAUGUUAACCUUAAGGGUACCCGGCAAGCUCGGUUUUUCAUACAAACGUAGUUCCGCUUUCAUUUUAAAACGACUAGCUAGAUUGCUCUGAACCUUUGUACUUACAAUAGGAUAAGGUAUAUUUAUGUCUGUAAUUAGUUUAUGUAGCUUCAGAUACCAUAGUUAAAAAAAUACAGCGAAUUUAAGUUUUUCAUACAAAACUUGUUUUUGCUCUAUUUUAAUUGUUUUAUAAACUGGAGCUAUAUAAACUAAUGACAGACCUAGAUAUGCAAAGUUUCAUUACAAUCCAACACGUAGUUUUAAAAUGAGAGCGGAACUACGUUUGUAUGGGAAGGUGCAAUUCGGCCGAGCUUGCCGGGGACUCUUAAAACCACCCAACUAUAGUCCAGUAGGUACUAGUCCUUUGAGUCCUCUGCUUUAAGACUCGACUAAGUUUUUCAGACUCUAGUCAUUAACUAAAAACUUGAGUUCUUAUUGAGACCUGAGUCUUUUGAAAAGACUUGAGUCCUUUAAAGAUAACUCUUAAAUUAUGUACAAAAGUUUUCUAAAACGUAUUGUCUCCAUACGAAAUUCAUGGGUUUGGUACACAUCAUUCAAUAUAACGCCUAUUUUGUGUGUUCAUUUAGAUAAAACCUAAAAAAAAAUUACGAAGUAUCCGAAGGCUCGAAACCUUUUAAAUUGUCAAUAAAGGACUCGACUCGGGACUUAAAAAAUUCGGAACGGAAGUUCUUCAAGGCAAGUUCUUCAAAUUGAGACUCGAAGGACUAGUUUCUAUCAACACUAGGUCUACGACUAUAGCCACAACUUCAUUAAGUAGUUAGGUAUUAUGUUCUAUUAGGUUAUUUUGUCUAUGUUUUUCCUUUUAUUUAUAAAAAUAUAUUGCUAUAACUUCUAUAGCAUAUAUUUUUGGUUAAGUUCCACCUAAAUGAACUCGAAUAUUCCAGUCAAUUUUGGAUAAUUGUUGGUAGCUUUUGGACUAUUAGGUAAUUACUGUCCGCGCGCCAAUUCCGUGCAUUCGGAGGUCGAGGAAGUGGGAGGGUGUGCGCCGCGCCCGUACGUCAAAAUGGCACCACUCUGACGCCCAACAUUCCUAACAUUCCUCAGCCGUGCACGGAAUUCGCGCGCGGACAGUAGUUGGGUGGUUUUACGGUACCUACUACAGAUUGUUAACCUUUUGAACGUCAAGAGCUAAAGUGGUCGUUACUAGUCGUGCCCACAGCGCCAAGGACCACUAUAGGUGUUAUGGCGGACGCUGUCAAAGUAACAUUGAGACUUUCAAGUAAAGUUUACAUUAGCUCGCUUGCGCCCGUUAUCUUGGCGUGACAGUGAAGUUUUUGUUUAUAAUGUAAAGCGUUCAAAAGGUUAAGGUAACCGUCCCAGUGAUGGUCAUCAUCCCAGUUGUGGGCACGUGUAUUUUUAAUUCAUAGUAAUACUUAGACGACCAUGCCCAUCAUUGGGACAUUUAGUUAAAUCAUUUGAUUAAUUUAUCCGAAGAAUUUUGAUUAAUUUAUCUAAAAUAUUCGUGAUCCUUUCAAAUUAUAUGCAACCUUUUGAAAUAAUUGUCAUUAAAAAAUAAAAACACGUAGAACCUUGUCAUAGCCUACAUUUAAACAUAAGCGACUAGUUCUUUUCAUUCAAUUAAUUUAAUUCUUUUUAAAUUUAACUGCGCUUAUUUUAAAGUUACUUCAACGUUAACUUUAUAUUUUCUUUAAAUUUUAAUAAAUCAAAGACAUCAGAGCAAUCUUUUUUAGAUUAGCGUUUAGGUAGUCAAUCUAACCUACAAUAUCGCUCGUUUUUAUCCCAAAUUAGAUUUGUUACUUCUUUAUUAAUAGUAAACCGUUUUUAAUAUGAACACGUAUUUUUAGAUUUUACAAGAUCAAAAUAAAGUGGGUACUAUCGGAUGUCAUUUCAUUAAUUAUUUCACAUUGAUUCGGAAUCAAACGUC